AAGGAGUUGAGUCGGUGAAUAUGUAAUGUGAGAAUUGAAGGACUCUUUCUCUCUCUAACUCUCUCUCUCGCGAAGUGAAAGACGAACUCCAGGUUAAGUCCACGAAUUCAUCGGCAGAAGGCACAGCCUCGCUCCGAAUCCACCAUUAACAGCUAUGGCGCAAGACACGGGUAUGUUUACUGUGCCACAGACGAUUGGUAAUGUUUUAUGCUGUAAAUGUGGUAUUUCAAUGCAACCAAAUGCAGCGAACAUGUGUGCCAAAUGCCUGCGGUCCGAAGUAGACAUAACAGAGGGCCUUCAGAAGCAUGUUAUUAUCAUCCAUUGCCCUGAAUGUGACACUUAUUUGCAACCGCCAAGGACUUGGAUCAAAGCUCAGCUGGAAUCGAAAGAGCUACUGACCUUUUGUGUGAAGAGGUUGAAGAACUUGAACAAGGUUCGUUUGGUACAUGCAGAGUUCGUUUGGACUGAACCUCACUCCAAGAGGAUUAAAGUCAAGUUGAGGGUCCAGAAAGAGGUUCUCAAUGGAGCAAUACUUGAACAAGCUUACACUGUUGAAUAUGUUGUGCAAGAUCAGAUGUGUGAGUCUUGCUCGAGGGUCCAAGCGAAUCCUGAUCAGUGGGUUGCUGCAGUGCAACUGCGGCAGCAUGUUUCUCACAGGCGCACUUUCUUCUAUCUGGAGCAGCUAAUUCUUAAACAUGACGCUGCUAAAUAUGCCAUCAGGAUUAAGCAGAUGGACCAGGGCAUUGAUUUCUUCUUCAGUAAUCGGAGUCAUGGUGUAAAGUUUGUUGAGUUCUUGGGGAAAGUAACUCCAAUUAGGAGUCGUAAUGACAAACAACUUGUGUCUCAUGAUCCAAAGAGCAAUAACUACAACUAUAAGUAUACUUUCUCCGUUGAAAUCAGCCCUAUUUGUCGUGAGGAUUUGAUUUGUCUUCCACCUAAACUUGCUGUCAGCUUGGGAAACUUCGGACCACUUGUAAUAUGCGACAAAGUGACCAACAACAUAGCUCUAUUAGAUCCAUUCACCCUUAGGCAAAGCUUCCUGGAUGCUGAGCAGUAUUGGAGAUCAUCAUUUAAGGCCUUAUUGUCGAGCAGGCAGCUGGUUGAAUACAUAGUAUUAGAUGUGGAGCCUGUUUCUUCUGAAGUCAAUGUUGGUGGCUUAAAGUAUGUUUUAGCUGAUGCCCAAGUAGCUCGUGUAUCCGAUUUUGGAAAGAAUGACACGAUUUUUAAUGUGAGGACACACUUGGGACAUAUUUUGAAUCCCGGCGAUUUUGCUCUUGGUUAUGACUUAUAUGGUGCCAACAAUAAUGAUAUCGAAUUGGACAAGUACAAGGGUCUUGUGCUCCCAGAUGUGAUAUUAAUUAAAAAGAGCUACGAAGAGAAGCGCCAGAAGAGGCGGGGGAAACCUCGUUCCUGGAAGCUUAAGUCUCUCAACAUGGAGAUUGAUAAUACUGUCAGAGGUAAAGAUAAUGAGGAGAAGAUGAAUUCAGAAUAUGAACAGUUCUUGAGAGAUUUGGAGGAGAACCCUGAUUUAAGAUUUAAUCUGUCCCUUUACCGCAACAAAGAAAACCAGCCGUCAGAAAUGGUUUCUGUGACUGAUGGUGAGGAUGUUCCUUCUGUUCCAUUAGACGAGUUGCUUGCAGAUCUUGAUUUAAGUGAUGAGGAAGAAUAUGGUGAUGAUGAUAAUGAUAGUAUGAAAGAAUAAAUUCUAUCCUCUGUUUAUUUCUGAGUUUUGUUUUAAGAUAACUUGGGGCCGCCUCUCUUACCCAUUGAAGAGCAAUGCUGCAGGCUGCAGAAGUUCUUGGGUUAUCUCAUACCUGAUGGUUACAGGUACCGAUAACGGGGUGAAUGGUGAAUGUGAAUCUUUAAAUUACUCGUGUUUUGAAGUUUGAUGAUAGACCGCUGAAGUGUUGUUUUUGCAUAUGUAAUUUUUAGUUGUGAGUUGUGAUUUAUAUGGAAUUAGAGCCCCUCCCAGCUCUCUCUCUCUC